CAUAAAAAAUUGUCUGCAACUAACGAUGAAUGUAAAUUCAUACCGAGAUAUAGAUCUACAGGAGAUUAACGUAUAAAGCACUCCAUAAUUGGGUAACCAUCACGCACUGGCAUGCGAGUGUCCGUCAAAAAAUAAAAUCGAGAAGAUUUAGACUUAAAGAAUUCUAAUGAACUACAGUAUGAGGAAACCAUCUUAAUUUUCAAUAUUCAUUAAGAAAUGGAAAUGAAACUUCCUUCUGCUUCAUAUGAAUCCAAACGGAAAGCUCAGAAAGAAGAAUCGAAUGACUCAAACAGUGUUUUUAAGAAAGCACGACAUGAAUGGCAAAUUAAGGGCGAUUCCAGCAAAGGUAAUAAAGCGUGUCAAAGCCAGACAAGGACAAGCCAAGACCUUGUGACACACAGCAAACUUCAAGAGGAUACAUCCUCCCAAGCUAUUCGCUCCACAUCUAGUGACAGGGCAUCAUAUCAAAUCAGUCAUGUUAGUGGCCCAGGUUUUCCUUCACAUGGUCAAUCCUCAAAUGAAACCGCACAGAGAAGAUUUAAUGGGCACCCUGCAGGUACUUUUGGGACUCCAAAAUCUAAAGAAACUUCAAGCUGUGUUAAUCCUGUAGUUAAUGACAGGACAAAAUCUGAUUGCUCCUUAGAGACUUGUGAUAUAACAGGAACAAAUAGCAGUCAACCUGCAUCUGAAUUCCAUUUAACAGAUCGAUCAGAUAUUGAUACAAAUUCAGAAAGUGCAGGUGCAUUCUUUGGACUUCCCUCUGUCAGUGUACCUUCAAAUAGUAGCAGAAGAGGAUACAAUCCUCAUUCUUCAACAAAUUCAACAGAUUCAAAUGAGUUUAACAGUUUUCUCGCCAAGCGCCAAAACAGUCAUAUAGCUAAAGCAGUGGUAGACAAUGCCAUCAAUAAGACUUUGGAGGACAUGGGGGUUUCUCCAGACACCAAUACCGAUAAUUUUGUGACUGGAAAGUGUAAUGUAGAGGAUGCUGGGAUAUCUCAGGCUAUACAGAGUCAAGGCCUCAUCCCCCAGCACCAGGCUUUACGGAGCCGGGACAUCAUCUCCCAGCAACAGGCAGUGUGUAAUGCUAGGCUAGCACCUAUUCUUUCCCAUGUUACACACUUAUCCGACAUGGUUUUCUCCGAACGUCAUUUUCAGCCAGGUUGUUUGGCAGAAACUCGAGACAUCAUUCUUGAUCAGAAUUUGACUUUUGCCAAUAAUUCUGCUGCAACAUCUGUAUCCAUGUCCAGUUCAGACCUUCUUGACCAGGCGGUAUCAAUGGCAAUAUCAUCCCAAGGUUUAGCUCUACAAAGAGAUAUUUCAUAGCCUUUUAGUUUGUCUGCAAUAAUUUAUUUCAGUUGCAAUUCAGUAAUUCAAUGCCUUUUCUUGCUGAUAUAUGUAUUGUCUUGAAUAUAUAUAUACAUGUAUAUGUCAUAACAUACUGGAUUUUAAAGAUGAUCAUGAAUUACCAGAUUGAAAUUGUGAUAAUUAUUUUACAAUACCAUUGGUUUGCCAGUAGUUUACAUGUUUUAUAUGUAUGAAUAUGCAUGAGCAGUUCUAAAUAGGUAAAUACAUAUACAUAUAUGCUAUAGUCAAAGAACCGUGAUAAAUCAUUGUUUUCCAUAUUAAUGAAGCGGUUUAUUUGAAAAUGGAUAAUGAUUGGUUUGAAAAAGAAAAAAGAAACAUGCAGUCAUCUGUUUUUUCACCAAUAAAAUGAUAAAUAGAAUUAACUCCCUCCCUCAUCGCUUUUAGAAAAAUUAGCCAGCUGAGAAUCAAGUAAAUUAUAUAAAUUAAUGUUAUUUAAUUAGCCUUACCUACCGGGGUAUUCAGUUUUAAAUGAGAUUACUAAUUAUGAAAUGACAUAUAGGCAUAAGUGUAAGAAUGUUUUGAACGUAAUAUAAUUUACCAAUUGACCCAUGUCGUAUUGUUGCGAUUGCAAUUAACUUCAAUUUAAUGUAAACGCUACAGUAAUUAAUCAAAGUGUGUUAUUCUGGACAUAGGGUUAAUUAUUAUUACAUGACAAAGUAGACUAGUUAAGAAUACCUGAUUUUGGAUAUUGUCAGUAAAAAAUACCUUGUUCAUAUUAGAUUUUUAAAAUCCAAUUAUUCCAUAGAAGAAAGAAUUAUAAGCUUCACAGGUGUAGUUUUAAGGUACAUGUAUUAUAUAAUUAGUUUGUCUAAGGAAAUUCUAUAAAAUUAAUUCACUUUUCCUUAGUAAAUUUUGAAAAAUGGCAAGCAUAUCAUGAUCAUGUACAUUAGUUAUUUUGAUUGCAAAAUUAUUUUCAUGAACAUGUAUACAUAUUGGUUUGCAGCUGUUUAACAGCAUUUGAAAGAUAGCCGGAAAUGUAUAUUUUGACUAGUGAAAUAUGUUUUAUAUAUAGAGAUUAGUUUAAAUUCUCCCCUUUGAAUUAGUAAGAUGCAUGUAAUUUUGUUUUUGAAGAAUUUUUUGGUUAUUCUUCGAUUCCAAAUUAUAAUUGUUUGCUUGGGAUCAUGAUUGGUAUAUAAUUAUUUAUUUAUGAUCUUCUCGUCUAGUUAACGUUGUUGAAUGUUUUUCUUCAUAAUGAUUUAGGAUAUUUUAGCAAUUACAUACCUAGUUUAAUGAAUUGUACUUAAUUAAUCAAAGUUCUAUAUAUCAAUGUAGUCAUAUGUUCGUUGAUAUUGUAACUUGUGAUGUACAUGUUUUGCAUGUAUGUAUUAAAUAUUAUACAGGACAUUUUGUACAUUAACAAUAGGUUGCCUUAUAAUUAACAUUAAAUUCUAGCAAUAUACACCUUUCUUUUGAUUUUAAAUUAUAUUUAUUUUAAAUUGGUCAAUCUUUGUUUUAGAUAAAAUUAUUAUAAAAUUUAACAUUUCAGAUUAUAUUAAUCUUAAUUAGUUCUUAUUAUAGCAAAAUGCUAAAUCUGUUGCUACCAAUUUCCUUUUAGAAUGUUGCAAACUGUAAUAUUACAUUUUAAAAUAUGUAUGUUUAAUUAUCCUUGUGUUUUCGGUAACCUGAGGUGAAGUCUCAUAUGAUCUAUAUUGUGAUGGCCUUUUGUCCUUCAUUGUCCAUUGUCGUUUGUCAUAAACAAUUUAUAUUUUCAAUUUCUUCUCAAUAACUAAUUAUAAGAGCUCCAGGCCUAGGGUCAUGAUAUUGGACCAGUAUUAGUCAUGCUGGGAUGAAGGUGUAUGAAGUUUAUACAAAAGAACGACCUUGACCUACUUUCAGGGUCACAGGACUGAUCAUGAGAUGUGUUUAAUAAUGGUUUAAAAGCAAAAUAUCUAUCAAAAAACACAUCAGAACUCAGUUGACUGUUAAGGCCCCUGGGCCUCUUGUAUAGGAGUAAUGCAUCUACAUGUACAUGUUUUUCUGAGAUGUAUUUCAUUUAUAUAUGUACACCAAUAAACAUAUGUUAUGGCGAACAAAUCAUCACUAGGCUUUAAAAUUAAAGUUAAUAUACAUGUUUUUCUGCUAAGUGCUUAAGCUUGCUUGUAUUAUAUUGCACAUUAUUUGGUUCUCAUGAUAUGUAUACUUAACAAGAAAAUGUUUGCCCUUCACAUGUUCCUCUAAAAAAAUGAUGAAUCUUUGUGGUUGUCUCAUGAUCAGCAGCAUUACUGUACAUGUGAAGCCCCCAGUUUCAGCUCCCUCCUUGCAGGUAGGGCCUUAGAAUUGUACCUCCUCAGGAGGCUUCUGCGCAUGCCGCCACUUCAUAAUUGUAAGAGGCAAUUAAAUUUAGGAUCUGAUUUUUUCUGGGUUUUUUUUUUUUCAUUAAUUUUUGUCUCCCAAACAUCUGCCUUGACACUGCCACGAGCAUUUGCCCGUGUGAUGAAGUCUUUGAGUUCGGACGGCUUAUACUCCUGCUUUGAUUAUAAAGCGCUCAGCAUUUAGGGAGUGGGACGAUUGGUUUACCUGUUCUCAUGAUCAGUAUGAUGUGACCGGUUGGGGUGUCCUGCUGGAUGUCUUUUGCAGUACAAUGUAUAUGGUUCAGUGAGGUAGCACUAAAAAGUCAACAACAUACUUCACACUCCCAAAAGGAGACAAACACAAAUAUACUGCAACAUUUCUAGUUUCUAACUGAACCCCAGAUUUAUGUAAAUUAGGCAACCUCCAGAUGGUGCAAAAGUUUGGUCUGAAGAUUAAAUUUAUAACAAGAAAGAUGUUUUAAAACUGAACACUUACAGUUUUCCCAUUUUUAUCCCUUUGGCAAUUAUGAAUUAGCAGUCUGUAGAGGGGAUCUCUUUCUAUAAUAGUAAUAGCUCAGGGGCAGGGCCUUGAUUUAGCUCUCGGUUAGGGUGUUUUCCUGUUUAUAUCUGAGGUUUCAAGUUGGCAGGUACCCAAACUCAGAGACAUAUAGAUCUAUAUAUGUCUCUGCCAAACUUAAAUGAUUUCUUGCAAAAGUUCAGUAUUUACCAUUAGAUUUAGGUAAAUCUAUAACUUGACUGUCUGAUUUUUCCUUUUUUUUUGUCUCCUUUAAAAAGCAGAAGACAUAUAGGUAUCACUACAUGUAUGUCAGCAUUGGUGUUGGCGAUGGCCUCUGCACAGAGGUUUCCAUGCGAUAACUUAAGUUCCCUUGAGCUGAUCAAAACCAAACUUUAUGCAGAUCAUUCUUACCACAAGUGCUUUCUUGAGAUUGCUUUUCAGGUCAAGAUCACUGAUACUAAAAAUAAUCCUUUGGAUCCAUCAAGCUCAAUAUUCAUGCUGUUUUCCUUAUCACAAGUGCUUGCAUUGGAUUGGGUUUUUUUUUUUGCCGACGAUUAAAGGUCAAUUUUGUUUGUUUGUUUUUGUUUAACGUCCUAUUAACAGCCAGGGUUAUUUAAGGACGUGCCAGGUUUUGGAGGUGGAGGAAAGACGGAGUACCCGGAGAAAAACCACCGGCCUACGGUCAGUACCUGGCAACUGCCCCACGUAGGUUUCGAACUCGCAACCCAGUGGUGGAGGGCUAGUGAUAAAGUGUCGGUACACCUUAACCACUCGGCCACCGCGGCCCCUUAAAGGUCAAUGUCACUGUUACUCUAAAUAGAAAAUGACGUUACUUAAAAGUUUAUUAUUUUAUGGCUCAAAACCAUCCUCUGCAACUUCUUUAUCUUAUAAACCUUAUUUUUAACUACAAGAUAAUUUAUUGGAAAUGUAUAACAUAUACACCACCUGUUACGACAAUAUUGUGUUCUCUUACUAUUCUCUGCUGGGUGGUGUACAUAAAAGCAUUAUACUUCAUACUAUAUACAUAGGUCCUAUUAAUAGUAAAUCUGUAUUGAGAUUCCAAUCCCAAUUUGAAGUCCUUUUUGUGUUAUUAUAUGUUCUAUUUAAAUUUCAUACUGUCAUGUAUAUGUAACUUUAAGUAUGUGGAAAUGAUAUAUUGAAAAAGUGAUUAAAGUUCCUCUCUGUUCAA